CGGAAUCUCUAAGGGAGAAGAGAAUCAAGAGAAUCUUAAAGGCAUUGGAUUGCGACGACGUCGACUUGCUGAAGCUCCUUUUAGUGGAAUCCACGGUCACGCUUGACGAUGCGUGCGCUCUUCACUACGUGGUGGCGUAUUGCAACCCUAAGGUCGUGAUGGAAGUGCUCGGGCUCCGUUUGGCCGACGUCAAUCUCUUUAAUCCUCGGGGGCACACCCCCCUCCACGUGGCCGCCAGGCGUAGGGACCCGGCGAUCAUCGUGGGACUACUGAAGCACGGAGCGUCCGUGGGGUACGGACAUGAUGUCGUUGCAACUUGUCGAAGGGUCACGCGUCCUAAGGAUUAUAACGAGCCUACGAAACAGGGGCAAGAAACGAACAACGGCCGGCUAUGCAUUGACGUGUUGGAGAGGGAGAUGAUGAGCCGGAAUCCGGCGGACGCGAGUUUGUUCCUUUCAUCAUCUGCUGUGGAUGAUGAACUGUUUAUGGGGCUUUACCUCCUUGAAAAUAGAGGUGCAGAAGAGAAAAAAACCUUCUUUCUUUGCGAGUAAAAUUUGCAGUAAAUAGUACCAAAGCAUUAAAUAUCGGAUUCGUGUGACAGUGGCAUUGGCAAGACAGUUAUUCCCUCGAGAGGCCAGACUAGCAAUGGAACAAGCAGAAGCAGGUUCAACCAUGGAGUUUGCCGGGCUUUCAUCAACAAAUGGGUACUGUGGAAAUCCGAGGGGCCGCGUGGGUUUCAACGAUUUGCCAUCUGAUCAAGUCAGGAGACUCAAGGAGCGCCAUGAAGCCCUGCAAAAGACUGGUAAUUUAUUAGAGUAUAUGAUAUUUCUUGUAU